UUUUCUGGGGACCCAGGGGACGCGGCCCCACACGCGGAGGGCUGUGGCCCGCUCCGCAGGAGGUUGAAGUGGGGCAUCCCACUCCCCUGAUGCCCUCUGUGGGGUGUCCCAGCCGUCCCCAAGCAGCAGUGACAGUUCCCUCUGUGGCCAAGAUCCCCAUGUGUCGCCGCGCUGGUUACCAUGGUGUCACCAUCCCAACGUCCGCGGGGGACGUUCCACAGCCACCCCUGCCUCCCAGGCGGGGAGCUGCUCUGGGGCCAGCCCCGCCAUGGCGUCUGCCCCUCCGUUCGUCUGUCCCCGUGCCAAGCUGCGGUCCCUGCCACGGGGCUCGCCCGCCGCGGGGCUGGCCACCGUCACCCCCUCGGCGAAGGCACGCGCCAGGGGAAGCGCCGACCUCAUGAACUUCUACGCCACGAGCUAUGCGGUGGCCUAUGGCCAGUCGCGUUUCCGUCCCUGCCUCGGCCGCCACACUGUCACCGGCUACGUGUCCAACAACCGCUGGGACAUGUCCUGCCUGCUCCAUGCUGCAGAGGGCCGCUGCCAGGACGCCGCCAGGUCUACCACCGCCGAGCACUUCCAGCCUCUCAUGCUCCCCGACGGCCGGAGCCUCCUGCCCCGGCACGUCCACCAGCCAGGGAGCGGGUACCUCCAGGCGUCCUCCCUUUCCUGCCUCCGUACCGGGACGGCGAGUCCCCAGCACCUGCCGCUCCUCCAGGGCCCCCCCAACGCACCCAGGGAGCGCGGCACAGGGGGCCGCCGCGCCGGCCCUGCCCAGCCAGGUACGGGUUUGGGGGUGUCGGUGAUCCCGGGGCCAGCUCCAUCCCCAGGAGGGUUUGGGGAUGGCGGUGAUCCCGGGGCCAGCUCCAUCCCCAGGAGGCGCCAUGGCUGGCUGUGGGGCUGUGUGCAGGCAGGGCUGGGGACAGGGCUGGGGACAGGGGGGCUCCCUCCCUGCCCCAUCUGCCCCCCCCCAGAUGUCCUGCAGAAGACAACCGUCGGCACCAAGGAGCAGUCGGGCUUCACCAGGGCCACCCCAAGGAGUGACAGCGUCCUGCCGGGCCAGCCCCUGGCCGUUAGCGUCACCGCGACCGAUUACCUGCCCUCUGUGCACAGCCACGGCGUCGAGACGCUGCCGGUGCUGCCAACGGGCUCCGAGCGAGGCAGCGGAUUCAGCCGGGAGGUGCCGAGCUGCCUGGCGACGGCGGGCUUGCCCGCCGUGGGCCACCCCCUCCCGCUCGUCUCCCGAGGGCUGAGGGCACCCCGAGUGACACAGGCCAGCCUGCUGGGACAGCAGGUUGUCGGCAGGAUGGAGCCGUCGGGGUUCACCACUAACCACAACCAGUACGUCCCACCCGUGUCCCCCGCCGCGCCAGCCCAGUGCUGGGGGGGUCCAACCUGGACGGCGAGACCCACGGGGGGCAUCCAGCCCCAGCGCCCCAGCGGCUUCAGCACCAACAACCACCCCACCGGGCUGGGGGACAUCGUCGGCCACCCCCCCUUGCCGGUAGCCCCCAGUUCUUUGGGGACCCCCCCCCCCCAAUCCCUGGGAGCACACGGAAAAAAUAAAGCCUGA